UUAUAUUUUUAAGGCCUCGGAUAAAGUUGGGCCGGCCUGAGCCCUGAGCUGACAAACGCUCUUUCUUCUCCCUUCCUUCUCUGCGUUUUGGCCAACUUUUUUAGCCGACCGCUUUAGCUAAGCUUCCAUAACUGGAGCUUCAGCAACCCCAAGUUCUUAUUUUGGAUGCUCAUAUUUCUCGCCUUACUCUGAAUCCGAGCUUCAUCUCCUCCAACCUUCGGCCACCGGGGUUUCAUAUUGUGCAUCCAAAUAGAGGAUAAUGAUUUUUGAGCCAAGGCUUCUGAGAAGAUAACGGAAAUCCUAUUAAAUUUAUUAGACUAUAAAGCAUGAAGAUCAGAAGCUAUAAUGGAUUUACGAAACCUGGCUUUUUGCUUGUGUGUCCGGAGUUUCCAGUGUUUACGUCUCAUAAACCUCGAUUAACUUCUACCUCAGUCCUCCAAGUCCCUCAUAGUCGUCAAAAGUUUAUUGGAGUGGUUACAAAUAUUCAAUGUUCUAUUGCUGAGAGAACGUUUGCAACACAUUCUAGGAAUUCAUCUGUGUUAAAGUCGGACGCUGUUCGUUUGAGUAGGAAGCAAGGAAGUUCCUCAUCCUCAUCCCUCUAUAGUCGUCCUAGUUUAUUAGAGAUGAAGAAUGAAAGGAUGGAAAAUCGGGCCCGGGUUUAUGAGUUCUUGCGAGGAAUUGGUAUAGUCCCUGAUGAACUUGAUGGUCUGGAACUUCCUGUGACAGUUGAAGUCAUGAGAGAACGAGUGGAUUUUCUUCACAAGCUGGGGCUUACAAUUGAAGAUAUUAACAACUAUCCACUUGUUCUAGGAUGCAGUGUAAAGAAGAACAUGAUUCCUGUGCUUGAUUAUCUUGGUAAAUUGGGUGUUAGGAAAUCCACUUUCACUGAAUUCUUGAGAAGAUAUCCACAAGUACUGCAUGCUAGUGUUGUUGUCGAUCUUGCUCCAGUGGUCAAGUAUCUUCAAGGGAUGGAUAUCAAGUCCACAGAUAUUCCUCGGGUUCUCGAAAGAUAUCCAGAAGUAUUGGGAUUCAAGCUUGAGGGGACUAUGAGUACUUCAGUGGCCUAUUUGGUUGGAAUUGGUGUUGCAAGAAGAGAGAUUGGAGGGGUUUUAACUAGAUACCCAGAAAUCUUAGGGAUGCGAGUAGGACGAGUGAUCAAGCCUUUUGUUGAGUAUCUUGAAAGCUUGGGUAUUCCAAGAUUAGCUGUAGCUAGAUUGAUAGAGAAGCAUCCUCACAUCCUUGGGUUUGAAUUGGAGGACAGAGUGAAACCAAACGUUGAAUCCCUUUUGGAGUUUCUUGUCCGGAAAGCAUCACUUCCUUCUGUAGUGGCACAAUAUCCUGAGAUUAUAGGGAUUGACCUGAGGCCUAAGCUCCACAGUCAAAGAAGUUUGCUGGAGUCCAUAAUUGAUUUGGGUCCUGAGGACUUUGGCAGAGUUGUUGAGAAGAUGCCACAGGUUGUCAGCCUCGGUAACGCUCCUAUGAUGAAGCACAUUGAUUUCCUUACUAGUUGUGGACUCACCUUCCAACAAUUAAAGAAAAUGAUCAUUGGGUGUCCCCAGUUGCUUGCCUUGAACAUUGACAUCAUGAAACUUAGCUUUAAUUUCUUUCAAACGGAAAUGGAAAGACCAUUAGAUGACUUGGUUACUUUCCCAGCAUUCUUUACUUAUGGCCUGGAAUCUACCAUAAAACCAAGACAUAGGAUGGUUGCUAGGAAAGGAUUGAAAUGUUCUCUUGCAUGGCUUCUUAAUUGUUCUGACGAAAAGUUUCAGCAACGAAUUGAGUAUGAUACAAUUGACAUGGAAGAGAUGGAGGCAAUACCAUCAUUCGAUAUGAAUACCCUGAUGGAACCUAGAAGCGAUGAAUCAGGUUCAGACUAUGAGGACAGUGAUGACGAAUAUGUAUAGAAUAAUGCGUCAGCUCCAGGAACUGCCUUCAAUGAAUCUUGGCUUUCAUGUUGAGCGUGCGGAUGGAAUAUGAUAGAGGUUAGCUGCUUUAUUUAAAGAGUCUUAGGGAUCCGUUGAAGGUUAUUCAUUUUUGUAAGAUUUAUUAUUAGUUGUUAUGAACAGAAUAUAAUUUUCAUAUAUUCUUAGGUUUUAUAUGUUAAUAUAAUUCAAUACCAGUGGUAAUGGAAUUGGCUGGUCUGUAUUUUACUUUAUUCUGAAGUAAAAAUGGUAACAUAACCAUGAGUUCAUGGUUUUCAUCA